AUGUACAAAUACAAAGAUCUUUCUGUGGUUCUGCUGUAUCUAAUUCUCAUUGUCUUAAUUACCAUUAGUUUAUUUGCAUACAAAACCAAAGAAUAUGGCUCUACAUUCCCCUUCAACCGGACGGAGAAUUCCCAACCAUCUGCCGUAUUGGACAUCAUUGAGCUAAAAGAACAGUUUCCUGCUCCUUCGACGACCUCGGGAUCAAGUGGAAGCAACAUCACGCAACAGGAGCACGCAAAGGCCGAGGAAACUUGGAAGAGGAGCGUCGAGCGCAGGUUCGCCGAAAGACGGGAGUCGGUUCGCGCGCGGUGCGAGGAAGUGGGUCCAUAUAACUACAAUGCUCAGAGAACAGCCCAAAUGUCAUUUUACUGCAGCAAAAACUACAAUAUUUUCGUGUGUGUUACUGCCAAGUCCGGCGCCACUACUUGGAAAACUCACCUCCUUCGGCUGGACGGCGUGACCGAGCACUUCCGCAAUCCGCACAGUGGAAAAUACGACACUUUAAUCCGCGCCAGCAUUCAGCUUAAUCCCGACCAGCUCCAGGAGGCAGCGACAUCCCGGUCCGCCACUCGAAUCAUGACUGCCAGAAACCCUCUCACGCGCCUCGUCUCUGCCUACCGGGACAAGUUUAACGACGGGGAGCGCCCUCCGGUAUCCAGGUGGGGUCGUUUAACCGCAAGACAUUGCAAGAACUGCACCGGCCGCGACGGGACUCUGCCUUUCCCCCAGUUUCUCACAUUGGUAUUAUCUGAGGCGAAUGCUAUGGGUGUGGCGGGAUUAGACAAGCACUAUCGGCCUUUUUCCACCGUCUGUAGUCCGUGCAAAAUCCAGUAUGACUAUAUUUUCAAACAAGAGACCUUCGACGAAGACCUUCACUACUUAACUCAGGUUCUUAGACUCAAGGAGGUGAAAACUGGGCUGCGUACGAACACCAAGGGGAACACGACACAGUAUUCUAGCUACCUGGACUACUACAGGGAUGUCCCUCCUGAUGUCCUGAAGCAAAUCUACAAAGUGUAUGAAAAGGAUUUCAGAAUUUUCGACUAUGAAUUUCCGGAGACUCUUUUGAGAAAAAUGGAAGAUUAAUUGUGUGCACCUACAUAGAUUGUGUUUAAAGGCAGCCAUUUAGAUUAUGAUUAUCCAGUUACCAUAUGUAAAAACAAAUAAAUGAUUAUGAGAUGUAUUUUUUGUAUAACAAAACUUCACUCUGUAUCUUUUAAAUCUUAUGGAGUAAAUGGCAAAGUGCAAUGUGAUGACUUACACUUCCAGGAAGAGGUAUAUUUUGCACCAUAGUCGACAAAGAAUAAAUAAAGAUCUAAGACCAGGUCUGAUUUUUUUUUUUUUUUUUUUUUUUUUUGAUGAAUGAUGGCAAAAAUAAUUAUAAGGGUAAUGACGAUAGUAAUAAAGAAAAUGUGAACGUAAUAUUGUGAUUUGAGAGAAAAAUGUCAAUUCAGACAUAGAUUCCUGCUUCUCACCUCGUUCACGACAGUUAGAAUAUAUUGCUAAUUGUAAAGUUGUCAUCUCAAUAGACUUCUCAACAGUGUUAAAACAAACAAACAAAUAAAUAACUGAAUAAUUAUAAAUCAUAAUUACUUUUGACUUUCCAUCACACCCAGAAACAAGAGGGAAUGAGGAACAGUUACACACAUCACUGGGCUUCAUCUACAACAAAGAUCAAGGAUAGAUGGAAGGUCUAAUUAAGUAAGGUCAGCUUAUUCCAACUUCCAAAGUGGUCUAACCCGCAUAGAUUGCCACGGGCAUUGCGGGCAAGGGGUUCAGAUCUACCAGCACCUGAAUCUCUGUCGCAGCAACGUGUCUUGUGCAUGCUAAA